AUGGCAGAGCCGCCGCCGCCCCCGUCGCAGUCGCCGGCGCAGACGCCGCCGCCCACGCAGCAGCAGACGCCCGCGGCAACCGCGCGGGAUGAAAUGAUGGCGUGCGUGGCUGCGCUGGAGGCGGCGCUGCUGCCGUGCCUCCCCGCGCGCGAGCUGCAGGCCGUCGACCGCUCCCUCCAGUCCUCCCACCAGAUUGAUGUCGAGAGGCACGCCAGGGAUUUCAUGGAGGCAGCCAAGAAGCUUCAGUCUUGCUUCAUCGACAUGCAGCGCGAGGACCAACCAACAAACGAAGAACUGCUUCGUAAGGAGAUUACUACAAUGGAGGAAGAACUGAAGACUAGGUCUGAGCUCAUUGCCAAGCACAAGAGUCUCAUUGAAGGGUGGCAGAAAGAACUAAAGGACCAGCUGGGCAAGCACAACACUGAGCUCGAAAGAGUUUGAUUCCGCCAUGUACAUUUCCUAUUUCGACCAGAAUGGCCAUGAAAUUCUGUGUGGCUGAAUGUUAGUCGUCCCUGGAAAAAUUCUGUCAGCCAAGAGACAAACCAGCAUAACUAAUGUUUAGGAUCUAACCAGUCAAAUUGUUCAUCGGUGUCUUGUUUUGUUGUGGAACAUGUAAUUUUUUUCUAUCUGUUUGGUUACCAGUUUGGGGCAAAUUUGUCAUGCAAAACAUGUACUCGAAAGUUAAAAGCAAUCUAUAUACUAGCUAAUUGUCUCUGCAUUGCAGCGAGGCAUAUAACUUACCCCCACCA